AUGGGAGGCGCGUGGAGCAGGAGGGGCUUCGACAGGGUUCUGAAGCCCGGCGUCGAUCAAGCCCAGGUGUACAGCGACGUGAAACGCGUGGCCCACGGGGUCUCCCAGGGCUUCAACGGCACCAUCUUCGCCUACGGCCAGACGGGCUCCGGCAAGACCUACACCAUGGGAGGCGCGACGGCUACGCUGUCCGCCUCCCCAGCCGCUGCCACCCCCGCCACUGCCGCCGCUGCCGGUGUGACGACGCCAUCGGGGGGGAACGCUGGGGCGACAGCCCCGUCUCCUUGUCACGCCGGCUCCGCCGGCGUCUUGCCGUUGCCGGCGCCCUCGCCGUCGUCGCCUUUCGCCGGGAUGCCCGAAGCGGCGCCGACAAACUCGGCGCCGGUGCCGGCGUCGCCGGGUUAUUCUUCUUCGGUGUCUCCCUCGACCCUCCUGAUGCCACCGCCUCCACCGCCGCCGCUGCCUUUACAGCCGCCCGGCGGGCUCAGAACGGGGCUGCAUCCAAUUUGGACCUUGCCGUCCUCUUACGCCCUUGGGGUCGUGU